AUGUCGACGAAUGCUUCAAUGUUUCUGACAACAAUCGAUGGAGACGCAGAUCUGACCAUACUUAACAUAUCGAUUAUACCCUCUGAUCAAUGUGCUACCGACGAACAACGGGCAUCGAAAUGCUGUUGUGGUGAUGAUUUCUUCUACGACUUUCCAACAAAAAAAUGCAAGGUCUCGAAAAAUGUUGGCUUCAUGUUUGGUCGUAUAAACAGCAGUUGGUCGCAUGUGGUAGUCUAUGGUUUCAUAUACCCGUUACUUGUGAUCACUAUGAUGGCACCACUUUGUGCAAUACUUCUUGGAAUGGGGAAGCGCGAGAAGAGGGAAGGUGACCGCAGAUAUGACGCUCAGCGUUGUGCUCCUUUCAUAUUGAUGCUAUGCGCUGAGACGCUGCAAGGAUGCAUUGAUGCCGGUUUAGAGACACAGUUUCGUCGCUUUACUAGUUUGCAGCCGAAUCCCCUCUACCAAAUGAUUUGGCUACUAUCAUUCUGUGGUUGGAUCAGUUUACUGGCUCCAUUACCGUUUUCAACAUGGUACUAUAUUGUCGGUGAUGGAGCAAGAAGUUUCAAUCAGUCACUAGUGAUGUGUCAUAUGUUUCGGACAACGAUGGAAGCAAUUCCGAAUACGGUUGAUACGAUGAUGACUCUUUUCAGUGUUGUUCUGGGCGGUGGAAGAUUUCUGACACAGUACCAUCGGAAUACACUCAAAUUGCGAACAAUUCAACGAUUUUCGAGAGCCAUAUGGACGAUUAUCUUCGUAUGUGUAUCGUUAGGAGUGCUGCGAUUUUUCGAACACGGCAGUGAUGUGUAUCAAUUUUGCUUAGAUACCGAACCAGGACCUUAUUGGUCAAGUCGAUGUAUGGUAACAGAUGGUGCUUUAUUGACCAUAGUCAAUCGCCGAUUUUGGAAAGUUGCGUUACCGUUGAGCGAGUUUAUAUUCCAGUUCAUACUGCCCGGUUUUUUGUUGCUUAUGCUGCAUAUUGCGUUCAUUCGUGAACCUCGCAUUGAUUUUGACGAUACACACAAUCGUUUUGGACGUUCACCUCGCGAUCAAUCUCGAAUUCUUAUCACUGCAGUUACAGUCGCAUUCCUUGUUACGCAAGUCCCUACGGCAAUUUUCACUGCGCUAUCGUUGGCUGUGAAUCUCUUCAAUGAUAGUUCAUUUCGUAUGUUACUUUGUCAGUUUUAUUCUCUUAUCGAAUUCACGAAUCAAUUUAAUCGAAUGCGAAUCAACUUCAUAUUGCGAUGA